AUGCUGCUUCCCCCCGGUGCUCCAACUGCCUGCGACUCAAGCACGACUGCACCUACCUGCGUGGCCCGGAUAGGCGGAAUCUCUUUUAGAGUCUCAAAGGUUGCCGCUUCCCAGCUGAUAAACCGCGUCCUGCUCCUGGAAGACACCCUCCGGAAGCACAACAUCCCCGUUCCCGUGCCGACCUCCACCCUCGACUGCCAUGCAUAUCUCGUCAAGAGACAGGCUCCGUCACAGGCCCCUCCCAGUCCAGAUCAGCACCCCCAUUCAACCCAUCUAGGCAGCCUCGGCCACGAAAUCGGGACUUACAGCCACAGAUUAGACGGAAGAACGACGAUACCGACUACCCAGCACCCUGGUGGCUGCAUUGACGACGAGCUAGAUCAGCUUUCCAAACGUCUAGGUUCUCUUCGCGUUGCCGAGGACGGCCAGCUACGGUACUACGGUGCCACUUCCAACAUGCAUCUCUUGAAUGAGGCUCCCGGCCCUCAAGCGGACAGCGCCCCUUUUUGCGGGUACGAUGCCGAUACUUGUCUCGCCCAAGCUGGAGUAGGUCACACUGUCCCUCGCGAACUUGAAGACCACCUAAUUGGACUGUACUUUGCUUGGGAAAAUCCAUUUAUACAUGUUGUUGAUGAAGACGUUUUCCUGAACACACGUGCACGGGCUUUAUCCCAGAGUACCACUGAUCCUAAGUCACAAUCACCGUACUAUAAUCAAGUCUUGGUCAAUGCGAUGUGUGCAAUCGGUUCCGCCUUUACAGAUCGAAUCAUUUUGGAGCUUCCUUCUCCACUAGCCGAGUUUUUUGGGAGACGUGCUCGCGUACUUUUGGAUGCCGACAUGGAUAGCCCAUCCGUUGCCACAGUUCAAGCACUUGUCAUCAUGAGCGCCCAUGAAGCAGCUGUGAUGAGAGAUGCUCGUGGCUGGCUUUAUAGUGGUAUGGCAAUGCGGCUUGCAGUCGACCUCGCAUUGCACAUGGACCCCGAUCCCUACGUUAAAAAGGGGACUAUGGACCAGCAUGAUGUUGUCGCUCGUCGCGUAGCAUUCUGGGGAACAUUUCUCGUCGAUCUCGGCUGGAGCUAUUACGUUGGUAGAUUGACGAUGCAUAUCAACCUGGAUGGCGUAACAGUCCCAAAGCCAUCCCACAAGUCUGGUAAAUCGCGGGCAUGGACGCAUUAUACCGAUGAGGCAAUACAGCCAUUUAAUGCACCUGCACCCCGCCAGUAUCCAGAUACGAUUGAUCAUGUGUUGGAGCACCAAGUGAGCCUCUACGUAAUCAUGGUUCAGCUGCAAAAGAUAUUUAACGAUAUAAAACUCCAUUCCAGGGGCAUUGUUAACAGUAGCACCAAAAAGGUCACAAGGGAUUUGAUACACUGGAGGCAAUCAUUACCCCCUGAGAUUUCGACAGAAUCGAUCUUCCAGUCGAGCAUCACAUUGCCCCAUACCCUGUUACUCCACAUGCAAUACCACGAGGUAAUGAUAUUCGCAAAUCACCCUUUGAUUGCUGGCGCUAGCGGUGCCAUGACCACAGACAUUCGGGAAGGAUGUGCCGAGUCGGCGCGUGCGAUUGCUUUAAUUCUUCAGAUAUACAAGCAACAAUGGUCCCUACGCAGGAUGAAUAUCCAGGGAGUACAUAUGAUAUUUUCUGCUACUCUAGUGCACUUACUUCUCUCAUGCACAUCAGAAGACAGCUCUACGCGUGAAGCUGCGGUCAACGAUCUUAAAGUCUGCUGCGAAGCGUUAAAAGAGCUUUCUAUCGCGUUCCGAAGCGCCACACGCGCCCUUGAUUCUAUUGCAAAGACUAAGGAAAAAUGGCAGGCUUCGCUGGACAACCCAGACAUGGAUACUACCCUGAAGACUUAUUUCCAAGUUCAACAGCCCAUUUCUGACCCAAAGAUAUGGCAGGCCGUUGAUGAGGUUAUUUGCCAAGAGCAGAACAUGCACCAGAGUGGCCCACAACUAGAUGAUGUGUCAUGGCUGGACGGUUGGAUGGCUAUGCAGGCGAUGACUGCUGAUCCGUUCGCCUUGGGGCUGGCCUAAGAUUGGUUUUUAAAAUGUUAAGAUGUAAGGUCGCAAGCUCCCACUUGGCUGUAUUAUUAUACUUGCCAAAAGAUUUUAUUUGAGUCCCUCAAUUCAAUGAGAUUAAAGUGUUCGCAAA